UUUUUUUCCUUUUUCUUUUUUUUUUCUUUCUUUCUUUCUAUUACUAUUUUAAACUAUUUGUAAUUUUAAUCAGUUUAUUAAACUUCAAUGCAACAAAAAUACUCUGAAGCUGAAUUCAAUACUGUAGAGGAUGCUCUCAAGGACUUUGCCAAUAACAAGUUUGUACUCGUUAUGGACAAUGAAGACCGGGAGAAUGAAGGCGAUUUGAUCAUUGCUGCUCAAAAUGUCACUACUGAACAAAUGGCUUUUUUGAUUAAAUAUUCAAGUGGUUAUAUAUGUGUACCUACAACGGAAGAAAGAUUAGAUGAACUGAAAUUACCAUUGAUGGUGCCGAAGAAUACAGAAUUGAUGCGUACAGCUUAUACGAUCUCAGUAGAUUAUGCUCAUGGAACAACUACCGGUAUUUCGGCUCAUGAUCGGGCCUUGACAUCUCGCAAACUUGCCGAUCCUACGGUACGACCUGAAGAUUUUUCUCGUCCUGGUCAUAUUCUUCCUUUACGCGCUGUCGCUGGUGGUACUCUUAAUCGAUUUGGACAUACUGAAGCUGCUGUGGAUCUUUGUGAAUUAGUCAACUUGCCUCCUGUUGCUUGUAUUGGUGAAUUAGUCAAAGAAGACGAUAUUACUGGAAGUAUGGCCAGACGUGAUGAUUGUUAUGCUUUUGCCAAGAAACAUGGUAUUCCAAUGAUCACUAUCAAGGAUUUGAUUGCUUACAAACGAAAAGUAUUGGGUUUGGAUAAUGCUUGAUUUGAUGGUUUUUUUUUUCUUUCUUCCUUAGAUAGUUGAUCUUUGAUGUAGAUGUACAACGCCUUUUUUUUUUUAUUGACUAUAUUAUUUGAUUUGUUUGAUAUUCAUCUUCCUUCACAAUUACACUUAUUGUCUUAGACUCUUUUCUUCCAUUCUUCUUAUUUUACCCUCUUUUAUUAUUAUUAUUAUUAUUAUUUCAUAUUAUACAGUUGUCUUUUUUUGUAUAUAACCUCUCUUUUAUAUGUAUUCCUUUAGCCGUUAACAAAAAAU